AUGUCGAAGUCCAAGAACCACACGAACCACAACCAGAACAAGAAGGCUCACCGUAACGGUAUCAAGAAGCCUAAGACUCACCGUCACCCUUCCCUUAAGGGCGUUGACUCUAAGUUCCUGCGCAACCAGCGUUUCGCCAAGCGCGGUACUUUCCUGGCUGUUGCCAAGAAGAGAGCCGCUGCC